UUGGGUUUAGGAUCAUAGCAAAUUCAAAGAGAAAAAAAAUAUUUGAAAGCAAAAGCGUUAUUUUCGAAGAAGAAAGAAGAAAAUGGCGGAAGAGGGACAAGUUAUCGGUGUUCACAGCGUGGACGCAUGGAAGGAACAGCUCGAGAAGGGAAAUGCCUCAAAGAAACUGAUUGUAGUUGAUUUCACUGCUUCUUGGUGUGGUCCAUGCCGUUUCAUUGCUCCAAUUUUGGCAGAGAUUGCUAAAAAGCUUCCAGAGGUCAUCUUCCUUAAGGUUGAUGUGGAUGAAUUGAAGAUUGUUUCUGAGGAGUGGGGAAUUGAAGCUAUGCCAACAUUCCUGUUCUUGAAAGAGGGAAAACUUGUGGACAAAGUUGUGGGUGCUAAGAAGGAGGAGCUGCAGUUGACAAUUAGCAAGCAUGCAACUGCUGCUUCUGCUUCUGCUUGAAGGGUCAUAUGAGAAGACUUUGUUUAUUUCGAGUCUGUUUUCAUUUAUAUUAAGUCAGUUUGUCUUUUUUCAGUAUGGAUUGGAAAUUAGGAAUGUAGAACAUGGUUGGAUAUGUGAAUAAAUCGUUGUUGUAUGGUAGUACUUGAAACAUUUGGCUGAUGAACUAGCAAUAAGACAGACAACUAAUUUGCAUUA